AUGAGGAUGCAUGAUAAUUCAAAGUAUAUAUAUGGUCUAUAAAUUAAUAAUGUUUGCAAGGCCUACAAUAAUGAUGAAAAGGUAUUGAAAGGUAUAGAAUUAAACUUAUAAAAUGGUGAUUUCUAUUGUCUACUGGGUCCUAAUGGUGCUGGUAAAACUACUUUGCUUGAGAUAUUAGCUGGAAGAGCUAGUUAUGAUUCAGGCGAAAUUACUUUGAAUAAUUAUGAUUCAAAUUUCUAAAAGCAUUAAUAUAGAAAGAUGAUAAGCUACUCAUCAGAUAAAAUAAAUGACGCCAUUUAGAGGUUAAUGAUUGAAUGUUAAUUACUAGAUUACAAAGAUGCUAUUGCUUAGAAUCUAUCAGGUGGCUAUAAGAGAAGGCUUUAAAUUGCAAUAUCGUUGAUAAAAUAAUCAGAUCUCAUCAUUUUAGAUGAGCCAACAGCAGGGCUUGAUUAUGAGACAAGGAUAAGUUGGCAUUAUGGAUAAUGGAGUGAUUAACUAAGGCUAAAAUUACUCAGGAAUUAUUCAAAUAAGUGA